AUGUCCUGCAUUGUAAAGAUAACAUCAAAUAUACAGAGACAUCCUGAAUUAACAUCGAAGAUGACGGCAGAUCAAUCAAUGGAACAUGAACUCGCUCAGCGAAAUAAUUUAAGUGAAGAAAUGGAAAAAUGUACCGAAACACUUUCGAUCCUCGAUCAGGGCGUUAAAACAUUAAUGAGUGAUAAUGUACGAAUAGCAUCCAAAUUCCAGAGAAAUGAAUAUAGUAUUCAAUCUCCACCCAGUGAUCAUCAACAGUUAAAACUAUCAAUUGACGAAAAAGAGUCAUUUUUAGCCAAGAUUGCACCAGACCGACAAAUAAUUCAAGAAAACCUAACAAAAACUAAAGAAGAUAUUCUAACUAUCGAGUACACUUCUUAUGAUGGUACGCUCAUUUGGAGAAUAACAAAUGUGAGCGAUAAAAUGGCAGAUGCACAGAGUGAACGGCAAACUAGUAUUUAUUCUCCACCAUUNGAUAUAAGAUGCGAGCACGACUCUAUUUGCAUGGAGAUGGGAAUGCGAGAAGAACACACAUGA